GGAGACAGGGGCGGCCGCAGCCUAGCACCACCCCAGUAGACCUUAGAGGAGGACGAGCGGCCCCCGGAGCGGCCUCGGGAGCGCGGGUGUCGGUGCCGCUCACCUCCCGUGAGUCCAGCGGAGGCGCGGACCCGCUGAGGAGCGAGGUGGACGCGGCGGGAAGCGGGAGGCUGUGGGGAACCUGGGAGUGUCUGGGCGCCACUUCAGCACCGAGCUCAGGGCCCAGGGCCGCCCUGGCCCGGCAGCGACGGCGAGGCGCAGCUCCUGACGUCCACCGCCCGUCCUUCCUCACCUGGGUCCGGUACUUGGCCGCAGAAACGACUCUGAGGACACAGCACUAAGCAAGACCCAAAAGUGGUGUAUUGGAGAUUCUGAGCAUUCAAAAUGCAACCAGACAUGUCCUUGGACAAUAUUAAGAUGGCAUCCAGUGACCUGCUGGAGAGGAAAGACCUAGACAGCGGAGGCUUCGGGAAGGUGUCCUUGUGUUUCCACAGAAGCCAUGGAUUUGUCAUCCAGAAAAAAGUAUACACAGGGCCCAACCGCGCUGAGUACAAUGAGGCUCUCUUGGAAGAGGGGAAGAUGAUGCACAGACUGAGACACAGUCGAGUGGUGAAGCUACUGGGCAUCAUCAUAGAAGAAGGGAAUUACUCGCUGGUGAUGGAGUACAUGGAACAGGGCAACCUGAUGCACGUGCUGAAGACCGAGAUAGGUGUCCCACUUGCUGUGAAAGGAAGGAUAAUCAUGGAGACCAUAGAAGGCAUGUGCUACUUACAUGACAAAGGCGUGAUACACAAGGACCUGAAACCUGAAAAUAUCCUUGUUGACCGUGACUUUCACAUUAAGAUAGCUGAUCUUGGUGUGGCUUCCUUUAAGACAUGGAGCAAACUGACUAAGGAGGAACACAACAAGCAGAGGGAAGCAAGCAACACCACUAAGAAGAACAACGGAGGCACCCUCUACUACAUGGCACCCGAACACCUGAAUGACAUCAAUGCAAAGCCCACGGAGAAGUCAGAUGUGUACAGCUUUGGCAUUGUACUUUGGGCAAUAUUUGCAAAUAAGGAGCCCUAUGAGAAUGUCAUCUGUACUGAGCAGUUCUUGAUCUGCAUAAACUCUGGGAACAGGCCAAAUGUGGAGGACAUCAUUGAGUACUGUCCAAGGGAGAUCAUCAUCCUCAUGGAGCGGUGUUGGCAGGCGAGCCCAGAAGACAGGCCAACAUUUCUUGGCAUUGAAGAAGAAUUUAGGCCUUUUUACUUAAGUGAAUUUGAAGAAUAUGUAGAAGAGGAAGUGGAAAGUUUAAAGAAAGAGUAUCCAAGUCAAAGCCCAGUUUUGAAGAGAGCGUUUUCUCUGCAGUAUGAUUGUGUGCCCUUACCUCCAAGCAGGUCAAAUUCAGAACAACCCGGUUCACUGCACAGUUCCCAGGGACUCCAGAUGGGGCCUGUGGAGGAGUCUUGGUUUUCUUCCUCCCCAGAGUUCCUACAGGAAGAGAGUGAGCGCAGUGUGCAGGCUAAGCUUCAAGAGGAAGCCAGCUACCAUGCUUUUGGAGAAUUCGUGGAUAAACAGACAAAACCGCAGCCAAGGCAGAAUGAGGCUUACAACAGAGAGGAGGAAAGGAAACGAAGGGUGUCCCAUGACCCCUUUGCACAGCAGAGAGCUCGAGAGAGUGUUUGGAGUGCAGGAGCAAAAGGUCGAACCGAUCCCAGCACAACCAGUCAUGGAAAUGCAGCACCCCAGCUGUCAGGGCCAGCCAGCCAAACACAAGUGCCGCUUUGGAACAAUGGAUUCUAUAAUCAGCCUGGGUUUGGAACUACAGGUACAGGAGUUUGGUAUCGGCCAAAUCCAAGUCAAAUGUAUAAUCCUUAUAAAACUCCAGUGCCCGAGACCAACGUACUGGGAAACACAUCCACCAUGCCAUACUUAUCCUUGCCACUAACAGAUGACUCCAUAAGAUGUACUAUAUUCAAUAGUUCUGGUAUUCAGGUUGGAAACUACAAUUAUAUGGAUCUUGGACUGAGUUCACAACUACCAAACAUGUGCAAAGAAGAGUCAGCUUUCAGGCACCAAGCCAUCUUCGAUAACGCCACCAGUCUGACUGAUAAACACCUGAACCCUAUCAGGGAAAACCUAGGAAGGCAGUGGAAAAACUGUGCCCGAAAGCUGGGCUUCACUGAGUCUCAGAUCGAUGAAAUUGACCAUGACUAUGAAAGAGAUGGACUGAAAGAGAAAGUUUACCAAAUGCUUCAGAAGUGGCUGAUGAGGGAAGGCACCAAGGGGGCCACAGUGGGGAAGUUGGCCCAGGCCCUUGACCAGUGUCAUAGGAUAGACCUGCUGAACCACUUGAUUCAUGCCAGCCAGAGCUAAGCCUGGGCAGUGGGAACCAAACUGUUCAUCUGGUGCACAAGCCCCUUUUGCCCCCUAGCCUUCAGGACUCUCUCAGUAUGAGCUCUGCAUCUGAGCACGCAGUGUCAUGCAUUUUGGAACUGGUGAAUGGGAAGAGAAAUCUGAAGCCCACAAUGAUCCUUCAGAACGUACAAGCAUGAAGACUGCUGAAUGGUCCAGAACUAAUAGGAGGAAAAAAAUAAAAAGAACAGCCUAUUGGGUUUUGAAAGGGAGAGGAAAUGUUGCGGGGAAGAUGGCCUGCUUCGUUCGGCUUGUGUCAUAGUCUUCACUUAGGUUAUUUGCUCGGUUUCCUGUGGUUUCUCUGGGCAAGGGGGAAACAAAGAAACAAAAAAAACAUUCAAAGAAUGUAAAAUCAGCUAGCUUACUGUUUCAUGUACUGCGAGUGCAGUACAGUUCUGCUCAAAUGCCUUCUAUGAGCCAGGGCUCUUCUAAAACUUAUAGGAUCUGUUAACUUUAGCAUCCAAUGUUGUACUGUCACUUUAAGCUUUAAAAAUCACAUGCAAUUCUAGUCUAUCAGAUGAUCAAUUAAUGAGGAAUUUUUAAGGAGUACUAAGGAGAAAAAAAGUACAGGGCAGAGAGAGAUCUUCAGGUACUGGCUGUUAUCACAGAACUUCUGCUGAUUGCAACUACUGUAAAAACCUACUAUAAGUUUCUAAAGUUUCUCCUGCCAUGCUGGUGCUUCAUGCAGUUUCCUAGCCUGCAUACCCCACACAGGGAACAGAUGUGCAGGAAACACUGAUCAGGAAACACCAUCUCUUCCUCCCUGGAUAUGACUGACACCUUACACUGCUCACUGUGCUCAAUAAACUGUCUCCUCAGUUUACUCCAGUGUACUGUAGAAAUAUGUUUCUUCUGUGUGCCACGAAUCGAAAAAAAACAGCUUCAGAACCUGCUCGUUGUGCCUUUAGGAAGCCCAUAGUCAACCUACAAGUGAGUGAAGGAGCUAGGAUAGAAGACUGAAGCCACCAAUGCCAGUGGCAGUCACUGCUGGCACCUGCUAGUCACAGGCCAUGAAGUGAAUCCUUUCCAACUUCAGACACUUAGCGCUGCUGGGAUGGGCUGCAAAGCCACUUUGGCCUUGUUGGCCAUUUUGGGACUAGUUGGAACUCCAUCCUCUUUUGUUGGGCUAUCCUGUAGGAUAUUUGGGAACAUUCCUGGCCACCAUCUACAAGAUGCCAAUAGUACAAGUCAACCCCACAACACCCACCAGGUGUGACAAAAAUAACUCUAGACAUUGCUACAUGUUCUUUGGAGGGACUCUCCUAUAACAUUAUCUCCCACCACCACCCCACCCAGACAAGCUUUCUCCCCCCAGACAAGGUUUUUCAGUUCUGGCUGGCCUGGCACUCACUCUGUAGACCUGGUUGGUCUCCAACUCAAGAGAUCCACCUGCCUCUGCCUCCCGAGUGCUGGAAUUAAAGGCGUGUGCCACUACCACCAGCUUCCUGUUGUAAGUUUAUAUGUCUUAGUUCUCUGUCACACAGGCCCAGGUCAUCCUGAACUGCAUAGAGCAUGCACAGCAGAAGGGAAUUAGAACAGGGAAGAUUCCAGACUUUCCUAAAGGAGCCUGCGUAGUCUUUAAAUGUUUUCCUCUUAACCUCUAUUCUAAUGCUGUUUUAAAAUGACAGAAUUAGAAACUACUUUUAGUGGAGUAUUAAGGGGAAUAAAAUAGGAAGGCCAGAGCUGGUUUUGGAAUUGCAGUAGCAAUCAGGGUCCUAGCAUUAAAAUCAUGUCUAUUAGUGUUCAGUAGGGAAAGAAUUGUGUGUCCAUUGCUGGAGAUAGGUGCUGCAGGCCCAGGCCCAGAUUGUGACCACAGACUCUCAGAUCUUUUCCAUGGGUGACUAGCCAGGCUCACCACUGACAGACAGACAAUGGCUUAGCACCUGGAGUUGUGGCUGAACCUGUAUAAAUUGAAGGAUGGGCAGAAGAUGAAGCCAUGUACUCUCGUGGUAUGCUGGCCAGUCCCUUGUGCAAGAGAAGAUCUGGACCCAUGACACAAAGCCAGUCAUUGAUAGGUUAGACCGAAAGACUUUUAAGUACUCUCAUUUGCUUCAGCUGUACCAUGAUAACUGCUGACUUUGUAGUCAGUGGUACCUGCUCCGAGCAAGUACGUGGGGUGUGGGAGUCCCUCUGGGAGCCCAGCAUGGAGUUAGAACACCUAUUUAAAGCCACCUCCUAAGCUGUGCAUUAUGCUGUGGACUGAGGUACAAGUCAGGCCUGAGUGUCACUGUCCACAUCAUGGAAAAAACAAGAUGGCCACCACCAGGACACUGAAGUCCUGAGAAGACUAUCCCUGUUCCUAGAACCCAGAGUUCUGUUUGAUUCUGUUUUUAAUAAGAUAACGAGAGAAAUUGAGAGAGAGAAAUUUUUGUACUUUAAAUUUUUGUACUGAAUAAAGUUUUGUGAACAUA